AUAUAAGUCCUAAAAAGGCUUAAAUGAGCACAUACGACCAUAGGGUGUGGAAAACAGGGCUUCCCGUCCGCUCAGCCGUACUUAAGCCACACGCCGGUCAGUUAGUAGUAUGCGCCUGCGACAAAUCACCGAUCCUUCGUCUUCACCGUCCGCAACCAAGGAAGAAAACCCCUACCACCAUCUCCGAAUCACAGUCACCAGCGGCGGCUGCCACGGAUUCCAGUACCUAAUGUCCCUCGAGGCAGCGUCAAAGAUUGACGCAGAGGAAGAUACGAUCUUUGAAGCAGACCGGGGCUCCUCUUCUACGUCUGGUGACGCAAAGGUUGUCAUGGAUGAACCCUCGCUUGAACUGCUAUCUGGAAGCACCGUCGACUACACCACAGAGCUGAUUGGGAGUCAGUUUAAGAUCGUUGAUAAUCCCCGGGCAACGAGUAGUUGCGGAUGUGGGACUAGUUUUGAUGUCAUUGAUUAAUGCUGGCUCCUUGCUUAGGCAGGUGACUCAGUAAUG